CACGCGCACUGGAGCCCGUGAGCGGAGACGAGGCUCGUUUAGUAUUCCGUGCACAAGGCGAAGGAGGGAAAAGGGAGGGAGGGCAGAGAGUGAAAUAGAGAGAAAAAACGAGGCUGUGAAGACAAGCGAAAACACAGAAAGAGAGGAGGAAGAGGGGAGCGGAGAGACACCUCCUCUGUCCCUCUCGGUCUACCCUUUGGUAUUCUUCUGUCCCAGGCAGGUCCAAGGCUCCUGUAGAACAUUCCAGAAAUACAGCCAUGGACCACAAUGAGCCGUAAGGCUUGAAUGGAAACACAAAGAGAGAAACUUAGUGGAAAUAGACCAUACAUUUCAAAUUCAACCCUGCCCUGAUGCUGCUUUAAGGACUGAGCCUGCAAACACUCCCCUCUUCCCUGACUGAUGAUUUAGCUGAAAGUAAUAGUCCACAAAAUCUUGGCUAUGCUUUCUGAACAACAGACCUAAAUAGAGUCUCGCUGUUUAUCCAUUGAGCAAAUUCUUAAUAUCUAUGUGAAUUGAAUUGGUUUUGACCUUCUUCACCGUGACAAGGACUCAGGGAUGUUGUUGUCAUCCUGUAUAACAAGUAUGUGGACAAAAACAUCUUGAGCCUAUGUUAUUAUUGAAAAGAGUGAUUGUGACACACUUACCAAUGGGUUUAGCAACCGUUAAAGCUUUCAAUUAAUGGUCAUAAAGAGACCGUCUCGGCUCCUUGUCGAAACUUUGUCCUUCAGAAUCCAAAACGAGCUCCUGUAUCAUCUGAAUUGGCAGAAAGUGGCCAGACACACCCUCUCCGCUCAGGCGCCGUCCAGUUGGUGUGGGCGGUAAGAGCUGCGCCGCGAUUGGUUGAGUGCAGGGUGGGUGUGCGAUGCGGAUUGGAGGAUGUCGGGGGACUGGGAAGACGACCUUUGUAAGAAGGCGUUGGUGCUGGUGGAGGAACUGUGCUUCCGGUCUGGAGGCCUGAGCCAGAGUGCCAGCUGUCAGGAGUUCAUCCACCUGAUAAGACGUAACGGUCAACUGAAAACAGAGAUCUCAGUGAGUCUGCUCUCCGUCAUUGUAACGUUCUGUGGCAUCGUGCUGCUGUCUGUCUCUCUCUUCGUCUCAUGGAAGCUCUGCUGGUUGCCGUGGAGAGAUAAGGAAGGCGGGGGUCUGAGCUUGACGUCGGGGCUCCUGCCCGGCGGUGCCGGUUUGGGUGGGGUUGGAGGUGGAGGGGGUGCCUCUCUCCUUCCUCCCUUAUUGCAGAGGAAAGAUACUCACUCUUCUUCCUCGCUGUAUCCCUCACUCUCGCAGCAUGGUCAGCAUCACCCCCAUUUCUCCGACCUAAUGGGGGUGGAGGGCGGAGGGGGGCUGGUAGUGGGGGGUGUGGUUGGAGGUCCACAGGAGAUGCAGGAGCAUUCUUACCUAGACAUGGACUCUAACCCCAACAAUGCUGCAAACCUUAAGUUGAGCCAGACAUCUCCCGAGUUGCCCCCGGCAACAGAAGGAGUCUCAGCUGCGAAAGAUCUGCCCAAUGCCCACACCCAGCAGCAGGUCACCGCCAGGCCUAAGCCCAUGACUCACCAGCUUUCCAGCCCAGAUUUCCAUGGUGAGGAGAAGAGUGACCAGCUGACCAGCAUCGGGCAGAUCAAACCAGAACUUUACCGGCUGCGCCAGGGAGACCAGGGGGAUGGCAAACAAGGCGACACCUGCGGCAAAAUCAGCUUCCUCCUGCGCUACGCCUUCAACACGGAGCAGCUGGUGGUUAAGAUACUGAAAGCCCUGGACCUCCCGGCGAAGGAUGCCAAUGGUUUCUCCGAUCCUUAUGUCAAGAUCUACUUACUGCCUGACAGGAAGAAGAAAUUUCAGACCAAGGUGCACAGAAAAACUCUCAACCCGGUUUUUAAUGAGACGUUCCAGUUCGGCGUGCCCCUGGCGGAGCUGCACUCGCGCAAGCUCCACUUCUCCGUCUACGACUUUGAUCGUUUCACCAGACAUGACCUCAUAGGUCAAGUGGUGGUGGAUAACCUGCUGGACUUCAGCGAGGGCACCGGGGAGAAGCCAGUUUGGAGAGACAUCAUAGAAGGAACCACGGAGAAAGCUGAUCUGGGCGAGCUGAACUUCUCACUGUGUUACCUGCCAACAGCUGGCCGACUGACCGUCACCAUCAUUAAGGCCACCAAUCUGAAAGCCAUGGACCUCACGGGCUUCUCAGAUCCAUAUGUAAAGGCAUCUCUGGUUUGUGAAGGUCGAAGGCUGAAAAAGAGGAAGACGUCCAUAAAGAAGAAUACUCUCAAUCCUACGUAUAAUGAGGCUCUGGUCUUUGAUAUCCCCAACGAGAACAUUGACAAUGUGUCGCUCAUCAUCGCCGUCAUGGACUACGACUGUAUUGGUCAUAAUGAGGUGAUCGGGAUGUGCCGUGUGGGCAGUGAUGCUGAUGGACCGGGAAGGGAGCACUGGACAGCCAUGCUGGCGAAUCCCCGCAAGCCUAUUGAACACUGGCACCAGCUGGUGGAGGAGAAAUCCAUAAAUGCAUACGUGUCAAAGAGUGCCACAGCCUCCCCUAAGCCACACAUAGUGGUGGACAGCCCUCACUCUGAGUAGAGAUGUCAGCAUUAUCUUUUUAGCAACAGAAAUACAUUCUUUCUUUUCAUCUGUGAAUAAUACUUUAUCAAGAAAGAACCAGAGAAGAGAAUGUGCCUGUGUUAGUGCUUUUCCUCUAAAUCAACCCUGCAGACCCAACACAAUAUAUAGAAAAAUAACUAGACUAGACCAGACACAAAUCACACACACACAAACAGACAUACACAUGAAAUCGUAACAAAAUAACUGGCAUGGAUGGUUUUGCUUCAGGAAUGAUGUUAAAGUCAAAAUAUGUCAUGAUUUAUUCAGGGGAAAUAUGAAAAAACAUUCCCACUUUAAAUAGAUAAUCUUUAUUUAGUUAUUUGAAACUGAGCCUACAAAAAAUGAGAUUUUAAUUACUUAAAAUAAUAAUAAUAAUAAUAAUAAUCAGGAGAGACCUGAUAGAUUAUGGACCACGAAUGUUUCUGUGUAUGUGUGAGCGCAUGUGUGUACGUGAGUUUGUACGGGUGUCUGUGUGUAGCUAUAGAAAAUCUCUACAAGGUGUUUUCAGUCCGACAAGUAGCUGCAAGUUCUUGGAGUGGUCUUCUCUGCCAAUGCAGAAUCCUUGCAACUGUUUCCUGUUUCUCUGGAGAGGAGGACUACUUUAUGACCUUUCCCAUCUGGAGAAGGAGAAAUUAGGACGGAUACAUUGGCCAAAUUGUGUCGUGCAGUAUUGAAAUGUGUCCCUCUGCCUUUUCCAUUUUUAUCACCUUCUGCUUGGAGCUCAUUGAGAUCAGCAGUGUUUCCUUUUUUCGUUUGAUAUCUAGAGUCCAACCAUUCUUUUUGUUCUACCAGAUACUGAAUGAAAUGAUUGGAGAGUAUGUUUCCCUGACAUGGACACUGGCAGACUGAAUCCCACUGAGAACUCUUCCAAAGGGAGCUAUCCUUGAUUUCAAACAUUGCCAGAGGACCCUAACUGAGAAGGACCUUGGAUUUGUGUGCACUUUCUGGAAACAUAUCCUACGGGGAAAAGAUCUGGCCAUAGUAUUUUAUUUUUAUACCACGCCAGGAUUUUUUUAUUUUUUUUUCUCUUAAGACAUUUUUAAUUUCAAAAGAGGAAGUGUGUGCUCUCCAUCAUCCUUCUGCCAAGAGGACCGCUUUGGAAAGACACACACGUUCAUCCUCUUUUUCCUCCCGUGUAUCCUAUGUGUUUGUAGGAGUGCUCUUUUGUGUCGAUACGCAUUUGCUCGUCGGUUUGUGUGUGCGCGUGUAUGCCUGUGUGUCAGUAUAUGUCACCGUGACCCUGUGUAUGUCUCCACUUCCCGUCCUUUGUCCUGCACAGAGAAAAUCUCAUUUUGAACAAUCAAGUGUCUUCUGUCCUGUGUCUUAGAGAAACUAUUUCUUGUGUAGGACCUGUUGCACUUGGUAGGGACAGGGUCUGUUUCUCAGAUGCGCAUUUCAGUUGUUCUCUGUCGAAUGUGAUAGUGACCUGUCUCUGUUGUGUCCCUAACCAGCUCGUCACUGAAACAUGUCCCUAGCCUGAUCUGUGUUCUCGUGUUGGGUGUGCUUUUCUUUUUUUGUAAAUGUGCUCUGUGUGUACGAGGGGACAAACCUGGUGGCCACAGCUUUUGAGGAAUAAAAUGUUGGAAGUUUUUCCAUUGUCUUUAAAAGAAAAGGGGGGCGGGGGAGACAAACUGGUUCUCUCUUUAUUAUCUUAAUGUGACUAUCUUUUCUGUCUGAGCAUUCCUUGCAAACAGAGACAAAGAGGGGGGCAUGUCUUUUAUUGUUUUAGGGCCACAAAUUACUUAUAUAAUUUUACAUUACAAACUGACUUCAGAUGCUUUUUUUCCCGUAUAUGUUUAUUAAGGUCACUGCUUCUCUAGUCAGAAAUAUUAUAGUGGCCAAAGCACUCAAU